GCAGCGCUUCUGCCCUGGGUGUCCUGGAGAUGACUUGGCGCCCCUUGGAACCCGGUCAUGGUUGUGGCUGCAUCCGCAAUAGUGCAACAGCAGAGUCCUGGGGAAGCCAUUUAGAAAUCUGACGCCCUGGAUCUCUGCUUUGUGCCUUCAGGGGAUCCUGAGCCUGUUUUUAAAAAAAAUCUAGGAAGAGGCCCCUGACAGGGAAAAGGGGAGGGAGAUCGCCUGUUUUACAAGGUCUGAGAUGAUGUGACUUAUCCGUCUGGCUUAAUCCGAGCUGGGCUUAAAACACCUUUUAAAAAGAUGUGUAUUGUAUUUUUUUCUCUGUUUAUCUCACUCUUUCUGCCUCUGUUCAUCUUCGUUGCUGUAUGAGUUGUAUCCUGCCUGUUUCUGUCUGAAAACCCUUCUCUUUCUGAACCCAUCUUUCAGUCUAUCACGUUCUGUUCUCCCCUCCUCCUUCACCUUCCCUCCGUCCCUCCCCUUGCACACUUGCUGGGUACCAGCUGAGUGCAUCCUUUUCCCAAACCUGCUCUGCUUCCAAGGGGCCCUUUUCGGUCUCCUCCACCUGUGCCCAUGUUUUGGGGACUGCCUGGAAAUCCAGGGCACUCUCCUGAGGAGGGAGCUGGUGCCCAGCGGCUCCUCUUAGGAUGAUCGCAGCCAGCUGCAUUCCUGGCCUCUGCAGAAUGACAUAGAGAAGGCAUUUUAAGCAGGCGGGCUGAGCUUGCCACAGGACGCCGACCACCAGGCAUCGGUGGCAGCCCACAAAGGGUGUCCCUGUCCCUCACGGGGUCAUGGCCUUCAUGUUGCUCGCCCGGCGCCUGGCCUGCAGCUUCCAGCACAGCUACCGCCUGCUGGUGCCCGCAUCCAGACCCAUUAGCCAAGCCGCAGCCAAAGUCGACGUUGAAUUUGAUUAUGAUGGGCCUCUGAUGAAAACUGAAGUCCCAGGGCCUAGAUCUCGGGAGUUAAUGAAACAGCUGAAUAUAAUUCAGAACGCAGAGGCUGUGCAUUUUUUCUGCAAUUACGAAGAGAGCCGAGGCAAUUACCUUGUUGAUGUUGAUGGCAACCGAAUGCUGGAUCUUUAUUCCCAAAUCUCCUCUGUCCCCAUAGGUUACAGCCACCCUGCCCUGCUGAAACUCAUCCAACAGCCUCAAAAUGCGAGCACAUUCGUCAACAGACCCGCACUAGGAAUCCUGCCUCCGGAGAACUUUGUGGAGAAGCUCCGGGAGUCCUUGCUCUCAGUGGCUCCCAAAGGGAUGUCCCAGCUCAUCACCAUGGCCUGCGGCUCCUGCUCCAAUGAAAACGCCUUCAAGACCAUCUUCAUGUGGUACCGGAGCAAGGAAAGAGGGCAGACAGGCUUCUCCCAGGAGGAACUGGAGACAUGCAUGAUUAACCAGGCCCCCGGCUGCCCCGACUACAGCAUCCUCUCCUUCAUGGGCGCGUUCCACGGGAGGACCAUGGGUUGCUUAGCAACCACACACUCCAAAGCCAUUCACAAGAUCGACAUCCCUUCCUUUGACUGGCCCAUCGCACCGUUCCCACGGCUGAGAUACCCUCUGGAGGAGUUUGAGAAAGAGAAUCAACAGGAGGAGGCCCGCUGUCUGGAAGAGGUGGAGGAUCUGAUUGUGAAAUAUCGGAAAAAGAAGAAGACAGUGGCCGGGAUCAUUGUGGAGCCCAUCCAGUCCGAGGGUGGAGACAACCACGCGUCUGAUGACUUCUUUCGGAAGCUAAGAGACAUCGCCAGGAAGCAUGGCUGUGCCUUCUUGGUGGACGAGGUCCAGACUGGAGGAGGCUGCACGGGCAAGUUCUGGGCCCAUGAGCACUGGGGCUUGGAUGACCCAGCAGACGUGAUGACCUUCAGCAAGAAGAUGAUGACCGGGGGCUUCUUCCACAAGGAGGAGUUCAGGCCCAAUGCUCCUUACCGGAUCUUCAACACCUGGCUGGGGGACCCGUCCAAGAACCUGCUGCUGGCCGAGGUCAUCAACGUCAUCAAGCGGGAAGACCUGCUAAAUAACGCAGCCCAUGCUGGGAAGGCCCUGCUCACAGGGCUGCUGGACCUCCAGGCCCGGUACCCCCAAUUCAUCAGCAGGGUGAGAGGACGAGGCACCUUUUGCUCCUUCGAUACUCCUGAUGAAUCCAUACGGAAUAAGCUCAUUUUAAUUGCCAGAAACAAAGGUGUGAUGUUGGGGGGCUGCGGCGACAAAUCCAUUCGUUUCCGUCCCACGUUGGUCUUCAGGGAUCACCACGCUCACCUAUUCCUCAAUAUUUUCAGUGACAUCUUGGCAGACUUCAAGUAAAGAAGCCAUUUCCACUACAGUGAGAAAGCCCCGAUCCCAACAGUUGUCAAAUUGAUUAGUUUGCCUAAUUCAUGUUUUCACUUAAAAGUAUCAGAGGUGAAUGGACCGCAAAGGGUGAUUUGUGGGGAGGGAACAUUUUUGGUGAUCUAGGGGGAGGGGAGGGAAGGGAAGGGCUGGUAUUGAUUUUCCUCCCUGCAGAGCCAAGGGUGCAUGUUGGUUUAAGCCCAGAAAUCCUGCUUGAGCCCUGGACUCGUCUUGGGAAGGGCCGUGGGAGGUCCUGGAUAUAGUUCUGCCCAACCUUGACCAACCCCAGCAAUUUUUCUGAAAGCCAGUCAAGGGUGUUGCAUUUGCUCCCUGGACUGGCGGCUGGGCCUCCUGGGUGCCAGUCCAUUUCAAGUGCCAUAUUCUGUGAUGACGGAUGCUAGCAAACAUGCCCCCACCUCCUCUCCCAGCCCCCAGAGCUCUGAGCACACCCCACACAUGGUGCAGGGAGGGACUGGGUGGAUCUGAGGAAGGCUGUAAAGCAGGGACAGGACUCAGCUCAGAGAUAGGGGAGGGGUUCUCGCGCCCCCUAAGGACGAGAAUCACUCCUCAGUGCACCUGGGGAUUCCCCUAAACUGUGAAUUUUGCCCUGGACAGGGCUUUGCCCCUGGAGGAUCCCCAGGUGGCAUCACCCAUGGUUCUUACUUGGCAUCUUCCAUCGCCCAAACGCUCUCCUCCCUGUUAAAUGUCAACCUAGACCUGGACCUGGUGGGAGGAAACUUUAGCCUGAGUGUCCACAGGGACACACAUGAGCCCCAGCGUUAGAAGCACAAGCCCGUCACCCCGGGAGGGGAAGCCCAGGGUCUGUGGCAGCAGAACCACUUCAUCGUGUUGCCCAGGGCACUUUGGGGUCCGACUUUUGGCCCCCCGCCCUGAGAGGUGCUUCCUCUCUCUUUUGCUCAUCCACCUUCACUCCACUUCUGAGUAAAUCCCCAGGAACAGCUAGGCUGUUCCACUAGGGUGAAUCAUUGCUGGACUGGAUUUCUUCUUGAGGGAAGCACCAUGAAUCAGAGGUGCCAGAGCUCCACGUAUGGAAAAGUGGCGGGUUGGUUCAACGUGGUUUCCUUGUACUUGAUCCUCCUGAAAUUAGAGCUUUUCCUGAGAUGACUGAGUAUGGAGAUUACCAGGCGGAUUAUCCCGAAAUGCUUAACAGGGCUAUCGCUGAGGGUGUAGUAUCUCUGCUGGAGGUGAGACACUCGGAGAACUGAUUUGACCUCAAACGCUCCUAAAAGAGGAGUUGAUAGCUUGACAGCAAUGAAGUAUUAUUUGGUGGGGAGACUGAGGAAGCCUGGGUUGUUUUAUCUGUCCAAAAUGAAGCCUCUUCAUUUCCUGUUGCCUUGGUUGACUAUUUUAGAAGCCAGGCAUAUCAAGAUUCCUGAUUCAGCACUUUGCUCUUUUAAUAACAAAUCGUCCAAAGAUCUCAAAGUAGGGGGGUUUUUUUUAGCUUCCGCUCUUACACAGACUUGGUCAUCGACCUAUUUUUGUUGAGGAACGAAAGGCAAUGACAAGUUUAAUAUAUAUAAAUUCGUGAGUUCUAGUUCAUUCCGCAUUCCCACAGUCAGGGCUAAUCCGUCGCUCUUCAUCAGGAGUUCGGCCAUGUUUAAGGUCACCUGUGCUCCCACUCUCUACAGAGUUUUACUCAUUUUUAUAUUCAUUUAUUUAUCAUUCAUUCGUUCAUUCAUCUAACUUUCAUUAAAUACCUGCAGCAUCUCAGGCCCUGUGCUGAGCAUCAGGAAUACAAAGAUAAGAUAAGACAUUGUCCCUGCCCCCAGGGGCUCACAUCCCACUGGAAACAGGUGGCAUGUGCUAUGACAGAGGUGUAAGAGCCUCAGGAAAUCGGAGCGGGUACCACAAUUCACCUAAGGGUCAGAGGAGGUUUCAAGGAAAAAGUGGCAUUGGAGCAGUGUUUUGCAGAAUGAGCAAGAGUUCACCAAGCAGACAAGGCAAGAAAGGGUGUUGAAGAGAGGGAAAAGCAUAUGCAAAGGCAUAUCAGUUCAUGACAUCACAUCUUUCACUGGGGAGCCAGAUUCCCCAGGCAGCAUCCCAAGGUUCAAUAAGGCCUUAUUUAACAAGCAAGCAAAAUGCAAACCAAACCAUUAUUCCUCUGUUGGCUUCAGUUGGCUUUCUCCUGAAAACUUUAGCAUGGGGUGCAAAUAUUUCAGUAUGGCUCUUGGAGUCCAGAGGGUUUUAAGCCAGGGCACAACCAAAAAAUUGGCUCUCUUCGGUAGAGAGAGGGGCUCCAGUAUUUCAUUCUCUCCCCAUGGGGCAUUGACAGAGAAAGGGAAUCGUUUUAUCUGGAAAGUCAUUUCCAGAUUUAGUAUUCACUCCUUACCAAGGGAAGUUACUUCUUGUAAAAAAUUUUAAGCCAUUUAUCAACAAGUUCUUGUUGAUUCAGGGCAUAAUGAGUUCCUGAGACAUCCUCCUUUGGGGUGGCGGGUUUAUUUCCAGGAAAAGAAUUUCAAGGAAAAGAAUUCUCAGCAAAGCUCAAGAUUAUAGAAACUCAGCAGAGGCUGGUAAAAAACAUGGGGAGCCUGGAGGGCAGGCUCCCUCUCUGCCAUCUAGGGCAGAGGCCAGGAAGAAGUACUUCUGUGGCCAGUGGUCUGGAAGUGAAUCCAUCAUACAUUAGUGCCAUAGAGUUUAGUAACUGUCCAGCAAGUGUCGUCACUUUUACAGAAAACAAGGUCCACUAAUAGCAAGUCUUAGCACAUCCUCACUUCUAUUAUAAAUGGGUGUUUUUUAAAUAAUUUUUACUGAUGCUCAGUAACCAUGCAAAAUUGUGCAUAGCAUUAAUGUAUCUAUAUUCCUAUACCUGUCUAUAUCUAUAUAUCAGCUCAUGGUAGAAAACCAUAGCUAAGGAGCAUUGCAGACUUAUGCAUACAAAGUGAUCCUGUUUACAAGUAAUCUGGUGACAGUGCCAAUAAAUGAGAAAAAAAGAAAUUAACAUGUCAUGAUGUAACUGAUGACCAUAUUCACAAUUCCAUAAAUUAAAUGUUUCCUGUGUUAAUCAGUAUUCUUAAAUAAAAUUUAUAAUCGAAACAU